UUCCGUGGACACACAGAAGAAGGUAACAUCAAUGGCAUCAACAUUACUGAACAUGGGUACAUACAGACGAAUAGAUUGUAUAUUUUUCAGUGAAUUUCAUCCAACGUUAGGACCAAAGAUCACAUAUCAGGUUCCGGAAGAAUAUAUUUCGAGGGAACUUUUUGAUACUGUGCAGGUGUACAUCAUCACCAAACCUGAGCUGCAGAACAAGCUCAUAACAGUGACUGCCAUGGAGAAGAAACUGAUUGGCUGUCCAGUGUGCAUUGAGCAUAAGAAGUACAGCCGGAAUGCCUUGCUCUUCAAUUUGGGUUUAGUCUGUGAUGCCAGGACAAAAACAUGUGCUUUAGAACCUAUUGUCAAAAAACUGUCUGGCUACCUCACAACUCUGGAGCUUGAGAGUGGAUUCAUUUCAAACGAGGAGAGUAAGCAGAAACUGUUGCCUAUCCUGUCCACACUUCUUGAGGAACUUAAUGUUACAGGAGCCUGCACCCUACCUAUUGAUGACUCUAACACCAUCCACUUGAAGCUAAUUGAACAAAGGAAAGAUCCUCAGGUUGUUCAGGAGUAUGAUGUACCAGUAUUUACUAAGAAUAAAGACCACUUUAUAAAGUCCCAAUGGGAUCUCACCACACAACAGAUCCUACCCUUUGUAGAUGGGUAUCGACACAUUCAAAAGAUCUCAGCUGAGGCCGACGUUGAGCUUAAUUUGGUGCGGAUUGCUGUUCAGAAUUUAUUGUAUUAUGAAGUGGUAAUUCUGGUAUCCAUAUUUCAGUACUCAAAUGUUUAUUGUACAACACCUAAAGUACAAAACUUGAUAGAUAACAAGUGUCUUCAGGAAGAGUGUCUACAUUACGUCUGUAAGCUAGGCCAAAGGACAAGUCUCAGGGAUGUGUUCCAGUUGUAUUGUGGUUUGACCCCAGGUACAACUGUGCGUGACCUCUGUUCCCGCUAUUCUCACCAGCUACAGAGAGUGGAUGAAAGGAAGCUGAUUCAGUUUGGCUUGAUGAAAGGUCUGAUUCGGCGCCUGCAGAAAUAUCCAGUCAAGGUUGUCAGAGAUGAUAGGAGUCGUCCACCGAGACUUUACACUGGCUGCCAUAGUUAUGAUGAAAUCUGUUGCAAAACUGGAAUGAGUUACAGGGAGUUGGAUGAGCGUUUGGAGAAUGAUCCGAACAUUGUUGUUUGCUGGAAAUAAUACUGCUGUGACAAAAUUAUGAUUACAGACAGUAUUAUAGUAUUAGUACAUUUGGAAUGUGAAUCCAUUUCGUAUGUAGCAGGCUAUUGUGUGAUCUGAUCAGCAGCAGUUAAAAGCAUUUUCAGUUAUACAUGUUUAGCUUUUCUUACUCUGAGGAAAAAAGUAGAAACAUGAACAAGACCUCCUGAGACCAAGUCAACUGUUGAUCUUAAAUCCAUUGUUUUUAAAGUGUUACCUUGUGGAUCCGCUGUUAAAUUAACAUUAGAAUGAACAAUUUUAAUCAAUGAAGUCGGUGUUUGCUUAACAGAUUGUGUAAUCUACAGUUGCAAAAAUAUUUGAUUACAUCACUCCAGGUCUAUUCAAACAUCAAAUAUUGCACUUCUAAAACAAUAAAGUGUGGACAAGUUUGCAUAAAAA